UGCCUUUUGGUGCAGCUUUAAUUUUCUAUUUACGUUUCUGGUUAUUGGCCAGAGCUGAAGAAGAUACUGGGUUUGUAGCAACAGAGUUAUUAGGCUUCAUCAUUAGAGCUAUCUUGGCAAAUUCCUGAGUCAGGGUUCUUAAUAAGCCAUUUGUCUCUGAAAUAAAGGUUUUGAUACAAGUUAUUUCGCUUGAGGCAAUCGCCAACUGAGUAUUCAAACAUAAAUAGUCAGGCUGAGAUAGAGACUGUCUCACACCAUCACCUUCCAUAGGGGUAGUCUCUGAGUAAGAAAGGGGGUGGGGUGGGCUUGACAGCUUAAGAAGCUCAGGGAUUCAUGUAUGUCCGUCACCAGGGAGGGUAGGGGAAUCCUAUAAGAACCUCCUUUGAUACAGGGUUGAGAGUUUGAUUGAAGUUCUGCCCGGGCCAAUUCUACCGCCAAGUUUGUAUUUUUGCCUGGAGGCUGCUCAGAAAUCUUAUAUGUGUCUCUGAGGUCCAGUGACCAAUCUGUCUCGACUCCAGAGGGAGAAGCAAGUAGGCUAGAAUUAAUAAUACAGUCUGGCUCCUUUAAUUCAGAGACAGCGUCUGAGCUGCAGGAACGUGACAAACUCUUCUCAGCUUUAGAGGAGAGGAGGAAAUGAGUAAUUUUAAGUUGUUUAGCCCCUUUCAACUGUUCUCUAGAAGACUCCUCUGGCUGCAUGUCGUUAUCUCUGUACAUUUUUCUUGUGAAAACCAUAGUUUCAUACAAGCUGGCAGAUGCCUCUCUGCUCCCUCUUGACCUGCCUGGGCCUGAACUUUCUGCUUCUGACUCUGAAUGAAGCUGCUUGGUAUGGGCUGUGUGUCCUACUGAUCUCAGUGCCUGCCAUGCUGGGCUACCUGCAGGAGACAUGCCGCAUCCGCCUGACUGAGGAAGAGCUGGCACGUCGUAGGUACCACAGUGUGCGGCGUGAGGAUGUGAGGAAAGUUCAACUUUCUCGACAUGAGGCUGUGGCUGAAGUAAAGGGCUUCUUGAUCCAAUUGGAGGCCCUCCUGAGUCGGCUGUGUGGUGGCUGUGAGGCAGUCUACCGUGUCCUGUACUGGGAGAACCCUUCUCUAUCCUCACAGUUUUAUGGGAUGCUGAUGGUGUCUGUUUGUGCCCUCUAUUUGCUGCCCUUGUGUUGGGUCUUUGUUUUGCUCAAUAAUGCCCUUUUCUUGGGCAAUGUGGCAUUUUAUCAAGUGUUGCUGGAGCUGAAGUCUGCUGUAGAGCAACGUUUGGGCCUCAAGCCCAUUGCUACGACUCCAGAGCUAGUAGAGCUGGAAGCUGGAGAUGUAGGGGCUGCAGCCCUGCCAGACCGGACACCUACACCCACCAGUACUGAGGAUCUGACCCCUGGCAGUGUGGAGGAAGCAGAGGAGGCAGAGCCUGAUGAUGAAUUCAAGGAUGCUAUUGAGGAUGAUGAUGAUGUCUCUCAGUGCUCAGGAGAAUUUGAUCUGGGCCUUCCUGACAAUCCAUUCAUGAGCAAGAAUGAGGUGAUUCGCAGCAGGGUGUCGCGGCUGACGGAGCGACUGCGGAAGCGCUACCCAACCAACAACCUCGGGAACUGUGCAAGCUGUUCAGCCACUUUCUCUGUGUUAAAGAAGAGGCGGUGUUGUAGUAACUGCGGGAACAGUUUCUGCUCCAGGUGCUGCUCCUUCAAAGUUCCCAAGAGCUGCAUGGGGGCUACAGCUCCUGAUGCCCAGCGGGAGACCGUCUUCGUAUGUGGGCAGUGUAACCAAGCACUCAUCAAGUGAGAAGCCGAUUUGGAGUCCUGCCUUCUGCUGAAUCUGCUCUUCCUCUUACCCCAAACUUGCUGGCAUUCCUGGGAGUGAAACAACAGCAUUGUGCACUCCUUCUGCUCCUCCCUGUACUUGUAAUAGGAGGGGACUAGCAAUCAUGACUUAACGGUGUCGUAGGGGGUUCCUUAUGUACUAAACUACUGUAGGCUUUCCCUUCCCUCAAUCCAGGAGCAAACAGUCCUUCGCUUGCCUGGAGCCCCAAAUUUUCCCUUGUCAUCCUUGCAGGAAGCUGGCCGUUCUUGUUAUGCAAGGUGGUUCUUGGCAUCUGGACUGCCAGGCAUCUCUGUGUUUCGCUAGGGAGUGAGAUGCCGCUUGUUCCCUGAGUGUGUUCUGAAGUGGAGGCUGGGUCUUCCUCCAGAUGCUCAUUGUAAGUUGGCUCUGGUCAGAGUAAGCUCCGCUGUGUAAAGAAGGCAAAGUCUUGUCAACCCUGGAACUGAGAAAGUUGUGCAGCUGGACCUGCUUUCUGUCCCUGUUCAGAUGUUGAUGGCAUCUCUCUUCCCAUCUCCACGCCAUUGACUUUGCUAUUUUUAGAUAGCUUUUAGACAAAGCUCUUCAGUCUGGCCUGACCUGGACUUGGAAAUCUUGCUGUCUUCAAGUCUUUGCCACGUUAGAGGGAACAGAUGCUACUGUAGCCAACUGGAGUUCCUGUUCAUCACAAGGCCCACCUGAAGGUGCGGAGCACCUGCCUCAGAAGGUGGAUCCUUCUGCAGGAGUGGAGCUCUUGGUUUUUGGACUUCUGUAGCUCUCUUGCAGAGUAAUACAUGUAUAUAAUACCAAUAAAUAGUGUCCCUGGA